AUGGAAACUCGACCAAAGAACCAAUAUAACAGCGGCGGAAAUGGCGGAUCAAGUGGAACCUAUGAGCCCGAAGCAAAUAAGGACGUGCCGAUUUCCGGUUGCAACGGCCUUGAUUGUGGUUCACCAGAAGAAGAAGCUGGAAUUUCUAUAGAAGCAGUUGUUGAUUUCGUUCCUUGCGCCGAUGGCCAAGACUGCAACAAUAAUGCUCCGAAACGACCACGACCAAGACCAUCCCAUCAAGGUCAACCAGAUCGCGCUGCUCCAUCAGUCGAUUGCAUCACGGCCGACUGUGGAGAGCCAGAAGCUGUCAUCGCUCCUGAAAAGACAAAUGAAGCUAGACAACCGAAUCGACCAUUUGACAAUUCACCUGAGUCCUAUCCAGCUCGAAUUGGAAGCCAAGGCGAACCUGACGGUUCAAAGCCAGAAAUAUCCUGCAAUGGUGGUGACUGCGGAUCUCCCGAAAGCGCAGUCGGAAUCGAAAUCGAAGCUGUAGUCGACAACAGUCCAUGCGCGAGACCAGGAUUCGAGCGAGAUGAAAUCGGAGAAUGCCGACCUGCUCCUGCUAAAACCGACCGUUACCCCUCUAUUCCUCAGCCAAAUCCUCACGCGCCAUCGGAAGACUGUUUCGAAGCUGGCUGCGGAGAUGUUCAUGCUGUCCCAGAGGAUAUCGAGUUUGAUUGCCAGGGAGAUGACUGUGUCAUCGAAUACGAACAGUUCGAUGCAACUAACCGUGGAGAUUUCAUUCCAGAUCGAUCAAGCUCGCAGUCGAUUUCUGUUAAUCCUGGCGAAGCUGUCCACAUUGACUGUAGUAGCGGAUCGUGCGUCCCUGUUUAUAAUCAAGUUGCAGAGCCAACCGAACGACCUACGAGGAGACCAGCGACGAGGAGAACGACCAGAAUCACUACAACUACGACCACAACAACAACGACAACGACAACAACGACGACCACGACUACCACUACAACAACUCCUCAGCCCCAAACUACAACUACAACCUCAACCACGACAACUUCUGUAAAAGCUGACCAAAUCGAAGAUAUCCAAAACCCAUAUGAAAAUCCUAAUUACUCAUCUUCAAACUCUGUCUCAAGUUAUGGUCCAAAUUAUUCUGGCUCAAGCUCCAGUUCAAGUGGCUCUCUCGUUUCCAGCUACAGUGGCGUUGACUCCGGAAUCGCAGUCGACUCGAGUGAAAAUAAUUUGAGAGCUUGGAACUCUUCGUCUUCGAUAAGCUCUCUCGGACCUGCUGAAGACUUUAUCUACGAAUUCGAUUGUCCAAUGGGAUACCAAGGAGACGACUGCAAAGACGACAUCGACGAGUGUGAAGGAAGUAACCCAUGUGACUUUGGAAUGUGCACGAAUACAGAACCACUGUAUACUUGCAAUUGCUACGACGGCUAUGAAACGAUGAACACUGAAAAUGGCCCGACAUGUACAAGAAUCUUCGAGGAAGAUAAGUGCAAGAUUUUGGAAGAAGCACUUGGAAAGCAUCGAGUUUGUGGCGAAGCUCAGUGCAAAAAUGACCCAGAAUCUGAUUAUGGCUAUGAAUGUGUUUGCCCAUCAGGCUACUUUUACGAAGUCAAACGCUGCGUCGAGAACUUCGAGAUCACUCCAUAUUCCGAAUGGGGCCAGUGCUACCGAGGAGAAUGUCAGGACCACCAGAGCUUGGGCGCAUUCACGUUUUCGAGAUGCUGCUGUGGACAUGGAACUCAUUUUAUGCAAGAAACUGGAGAAAUCAUGUGCUCGGCUUGUCCCCAAGAAGGAACAAACGAGUAUGAAGAACUGUGCUCUUUCAGUGAUGACUCGUCGUCGCUUUCUGAUUACAUCGUUAGCUCUAAUGAUAAGUUCUCUAUUGACUACGGAACAUGCAAAACGGUGCAAGGAGACUUCGACGAUGUCUCACAGGAUGAGUGCUGCUGCGCUGGAACUGUAACUCCCAUUUCUUGGGAAGGAAGACCCUGCCCGGAUCAAUCAACUUCUGAUUAUCUCAAAAAGUGCAAAUACGGAAAGGGAUUCACCGCAAAUCGAAAUGAAAUCGACGAGUGCCUCAUCUUCGGCGACGAAAAACUGUGCCCAGGUGGAAAGUGCUUCGACAAUGGGCCAGCUGGAUACAAGUGCGGAUGCGAAAAGCCCGGAUAUUACUGGGACCAUCGAACAAAGAGCUGUGUCGAUUUCAACGAGUGUUUCUCUCGAUGCAAAGGAGGACAGUGCACGGAUACUGAUGGCGGAUAUAUUUGCAUUUGUCCCGAGGGAGAGACGGAGAUUGACGGCCGCUGUCAAAAGUCAAUCGCUGGAAAUCCUUACCGCGCCCUGGUCCAGAACAAGCAAGAAACUGUCGACUUCAACAAGCCAGCAAAGUGCUACAGUGAUCGUGGCGACACAGAUGUUGGAUGUGACAAUCUUUUUGCGACAGAGUGGGGCGUCACAUUUAAUCAAUGCUGCUGCGAGGGCAAGGGUGGUUAUUGGGGAACGGAGAAGCAAUGCUUUGCUUGUGACAACUCAAUCGCCAAGGAUUUGAGCUGCGCGACGGUUCGGGAUUCUGAUGCUGAAAACUCCACUGGAUCUUCCUCCUCUUCUUCAGACUCGUCUUCAGACGACUCUGAAGACAAUUCCUUCAACCCAGAUCAGUUCCGACCGGAUUACGAUGAUUCGAGCGAGAAUGCCUUCCCCUCUUACGAUCCAAUGGACAAUAUGGAAGAAGAAUUCGAUGAUUCCUCCCUUCCAGGCUAUUCUUCCAUGGACGAGGAUUUGAGCUCGAUCAUGGGUCCAAACAUGAGCGAUGAUAGUCGAGCGGUGCCAAUUUCUAAUCCAGAAGUAGAACAGACUGGUUCAAACAACUUCUGUGGACUACCAGGCGGGUGUCAGAACGGCUCCUGCGUUGCGACGCGAUUCGGAGUCACGUGUGAAUGCGACGCUGGAUGGACAAACCACAGAACUGGCGCGUGCACAGUUCGACUGUAA